GGAGCCAGCCUCCUACUACAAGGUUGAAACAAUCUCUCCUUGUCCCUAGUUGGGGUACAAAAGACAGCCCUUGGGGGUAAGGGACACUGAGGCUUUUGUUCAUUUAGCCUAGCCUAGCCUAGCCUCCAGUCAGCAGCCCAGCAGCCUGCACAUGAUUAGAGAAUAGGUGGAGCCUUCCGGCUCUGCCAUUGUCUCCCUGCCGAGGCUGCCGGGGCCAGCUCUGGGAGAAGGAGCACCUUUGAAAGCUGGUUGGAUCAUCAGAGCAGGUCCAAGAGGGAGAACCCUGCGCCUGCGCCUGGAUCUGACCUCCCAGGCAGCCAGGGGCCCUGUCGGGCUGGAGCCUGGUUGGGAGCAGGAGUCAGGGGCUGCUGGCUGGCCCACAAGGACCAUGGGGAAUGGCAUGAACAAGGUUCUUCCUGGACUCUAUCUGGGCAACUUCAUCGAUGCCAAAGACCCAGACCAGCUGAGCAGGAAUAAAAUCACCCACAUCAUCUCCAUCCACGAGUCUCCUCAGCCCUUGCUACAGGAUAUCACUUAUCUCCGGAUCCCAGUGCCUGACACACCUGAAGUUCCUAUUAAGAAGCACUUCAAAGAAUGCAUCAACUUCAUCCACUACUGUCGUCUCAGUGGAGGGACCUGCCUCGUGCACUGCUUUGCGGGCAUCUCCCGAAGCGCCACCAUCGUGACGGCUUACGUGAUGACGGUGACAGGACUGGGCUGGCGAGAGGUUCUGGAGGCAGUAAAAGCAGUCCGCCCCAUCGCCAAUCCCAAUCCAGGCUUCAAGCAGCAGUUGGAGGAAUAUGGCUGGGGCAAUGCCCGGAAGCUGCGCAGGCAACUAGAGGAGAAGUAUGGAGAGAGUCCAUUCAACGAUGAAGAGGAGAUCCGGGCCUUGCUACCCCUAUGCAAGCGCUGCCGGGAGGCAUCCCCAUCAGGCAGCGCUGAGGGUACCCUGCAGAGACUGGUUCCCCGACCCCCUCGAGAGGUUCGGAGGCCUCUCCCUCUUCUCACCCGAGUCAAGCAGACUUUCUCCUGUAUCCCCCGGUGUCUGUCCAGGAAAGGGGGAAAGUGAUCACUGUAAGUUAUGUCCAGGCCCUUGUUUUGCCAAGCUGAGUUGGGUGGGAGUCAGGUUCAAGACCCAGAAGCAUGAAGGCGGAGAACUGAAAGGAUGGACAAGAUCGGGCUGCAGCAGAGAUACCCAGCUUGGAGUAGCCUUGUGGUUUGGGGUGGUACAGACACCCCUGGCUGCCCUGAAGAAGAACAGACCUCUCCUGGGCUUGAACCGGCUAUAUCUAUUCCUGUCUAUGGUUUCUCCUUCCCACCUACUCACGUCUCCUCUGUCUCUUGUCUCCCUCCUGUCUCCAUGUCUCUGUUGGUUGCCUAUGGUCCCUAAGUACCAUAGGAUCCAAAGGGAAGGUCCUAGUCCCCCUCACCCCAUAAAAGAUGAUCCCAGAUCUGAGUUUCUGGGCCAUGCCACCUGAUUCCCUGGGUCCCACAUGUCUGGGUCUGGUGUCUGUGAGUCUGUCUCCUGUCUGCGUCUGUCUGUGUCUAGUCUGGUGAGGCCCUGCUGCAGUAACUGGUGCCUUAGCUCUUGGGGAGACCCAGUUUGCCUGGGACUUAUUAAGCCCCUGCCUUACCAAGGAAAGGAGCUCCUAGGAUUUGGAGCAGGAUAAGACCUUGGAGAUAGAUCAUCCAGCCCAACCUCUUGAUAAAUAGGGAAUCUGAAGCCCAGAGAAGUAAAGAACUCUACAAGGUAGGAAGGAAGAGGCAGAGGCAGAUUCUAAUGUGUCCCCCUAACUCCAGAUUCAGAGCUCAGGGAUCCCUGUGGAAAGUGAACCAGAGUGGGUCAGGGUCGGUUUGGUAUGUGGGCCCAAGGGACCCAAGGAAGGUGGUUAGGGCAAAAGAAGCAGAGAAUAGGAGUUCAAGGAAUUAAUAAGGUGAACAAUAGCCUACAAAAUUCCUGUCAGCCAACGAGGAGCUUUCUCUUGGUACUACAGAUAUUGCCAUCCCCAUUUAAAGAUGAGAAAAUAGUCUUGAAAGAAAUUAAGUGGCUCAUUUACAUAUUACUAGUCAAAGCCAGAUGUCAGACUUGAACCCUUGCCUUAUCUGACUCGAAGUCUGACACUCUUAUUGCUAUACUACACUGCCUCAUUUUACAGAAGAGAAAGCUGGGGCCCUGAAAGACAAAGAGGCUUACCCAAAGUUAGAAUCAGGGCCAAAGACUGACUUUUUCUGACUUCAGAUUUAGAGCCUUGGGAGACUUCUGGAAACACCAAUCUGGUCUCCAGCCUCUUUCCAAUCACCACCUCAAGUGGAGGCUUAGAUCCUGGCAGAAAGAAAGACAAUGCACAGGCAAAUUGGAUCUUCUGGGAACUUAAGAUGGGUAGAGAGGGGAGAGAACCUUCCUGUGGCCAAAGCUGAGCUAGCAGCUAAUGGAGCUCUAGUUCAUUCCCUAGAGUGGCCCUGGGUUCCCAAAUACCUCCCAAUCCACUAAAACUAAUCCAGUCCUUGACACUGAGACCCCAAUACCUUCACAGCCCUCAUUCCCUUGAGCCAUCACCCUCACUGAACCUCAUCCUUAGUCACAAAGACCCCUUUCCUCCUCCCCACCACCACUCAAAACCUUGUCAUUUCACCAAAUACCUUAAUUUAUUUUUAAAAAAUAAGCUCAGUUGAUGCUUUUGACAUUGCAGUCAUUUUUGGUUAUUCUCCUUCAUUCCUUCCCACCUGUCUGUCAUUGAAUGUGUUCUCUCUUAUAACAAAGAAAAAUGGUUCAACCAACCCAACCAUUACAAUGAUCUUGUCUGGCAAUGUAGGCUACAUUCUUCCUCCACAGUCCCCCAGAUCUCUACCAGAAAAGAGGGAGGCAUUCCUCAUCUAAUCUUGGGGCCAAGAGCGAUCAUUACAGUUCCAUAGGAUUGGACUUCUUUUGGAGGGGGUGGUAAUUGUAUAUAUUAUUCUCCUGUUACUUCUUUCUGCAUCAGUUCAUAUAAGUCUUCUCAUGUUCUCAGAAUUCCUCCUAUUGGCUAUUUCUUACCACGCAAUAAUAUUUAUCAUAUUACAUACAUGUGCCACAAUUUAUUUAGCCCUUCCCCAAUGGGCACACAUUUA